UUUUGAAAUCAGUUGUACACUUGCGGUCGUCGCGUUCAAAUCGGAAAAGUUUUCGAAAAUAAAGCGCGCUUUUCAACAGUGCUGUGUGUUUGUGUUGGUGUAUAUAAUUGUACUUGUGGUACUGGGAUAGAGCAUUCACUGCCGUGACGUGUGUUUGUCUGUGUGUUGAGGUCCUUGCUGACAGGAUCUAGUGUGAAAUUUGCCAUUUGUGAUAAUUUUUCGAUUUUAAUUAGUUAAUAAUAAAUUAAUUAAAAGCGUGAAUAGUAAGCGAACACUGCCAAUUACGCUGAAGUAGCUGUAAUGGAAUUAUAGUGGAUUUUGUGGGAGCAUUAAAAUAUUGAAAACUCAUUACUCAACUAGUCAACUAAAAUCCACCGAAAAUGAAGGCUUGGUGCCUUGCAUUGGCGCUACUCUGUGUGGCGCAAUGGCGUACGCACGCUUACAGCGUCGGCAGUACGUCGGGCUAUUCGUCCUCUUCACGCUACACCUCGUCCUCGUCGUCCGCUUCUGGCGUCGGCGGCAGCACGUCGUGUUGCCAGCUAAGUUCCUGGGCGUAUGCGCACUUCGGUGAGGUGCGUCAAUUCGCGAGCCGCCUGAGACUGGAAUACAAUUACAUGUCACAGGGCAGCAGCACCGGCUAUCGUGUACAAGGCGAAGCAUGGAAUGCAAACAUCAUCAAUUUGACGGGAAAAACCGCUUCCGAGCUGGACGCACUCGUACGUCAUGUGAGCGAACAGCUGGUGACCGAUAUGCGUAAGGGCGUCUUACCGUACACCACCAUUGCGGCACCGAACUUCUUCGAAUCGAAAGCCGCCGAGACGCUCGAGUCCAUCAUUGCAACUAGUGAGGAUUUUGGUCAACAGCAGCAACAACAAGAAGUCGAUGUAGGUCAUUUCCAACCGGUCGAUCUAUCCAAUUUCGAUGAGGUACGCAACUAUGCUUAUCCAGCCGAAGUAAAGGUGAUCGAUGGCAAGACUUAUGUAGUGCAUAAGAAUUGCACCGAGGCUAAGAAGGUGACCGGCGAUGGCAGCUACAGCAGUCCAUUGAUCACCGUACGCAGUCGCAAUCGCACCACAAUCACCUCAAGCGGUGGCGUACCCGCCUACAGUUAUGGCACUGGUGGCUAUAGCAGCGGCUCUUUGGUGUCUGGUGGCGUCAACAGAUAUCCAAGUGCAGUUUACGGACAACCAGGUGGCAGCAGCAGCACCACUACUGUGAGACAUAAGAUUUACGAUUGGGCCAAUCAGCAUAUGGAACCCAGUGUGAUGGGUUAUAACCCUGUGGUAAAUGUUGCGGGCGGUUCGGAUUGGCAAAGCGGCGCUUAUCGACCCGCACCCAUUGCGGGCAGUUCGAAUGCUGAUGUGGAAACUUUCGCCACUGGAAAUCAAGUAUUUCGGCCAAGCUUUUCACCGGGCUCUACGGUGACUGUACGCCGUUAUAAUAAGACAAUCAUUACAAAUCCCGAUGGCACAAAUACCGUUAGUGGUUCGGAAUUGAACCGCAAGUGGGUUGAUGGCAAACUUGUCUACGACUCGCAAAGGCCGUUUGGUGAAUGGUCUGUGCCACGCGGUGAGGCAUGGAAGCAGGAAGAACGCGAACGUUUCUUCUGGUUCCUGACACAGGGUAAUGUUACGCCACAACGCUUGGAGCAAUGGCAGCGCCAGCAAGAAGAGCGCUUACUGGCGAUGGCUGAACGUUACGGCACCACUAUUGAGGCUAUACAGGAGUGGCAUCGCAGCGAGUUGGAUCGUUAUCGCGUACUGUUGGGUCAAUAUCAGGCGCAAAACCCCAAUCUUAACGGCUGGAAGCGUAGCGAGGCCGGACGCUUAGACUGGCUGAUACAUCAGAAUAGUGUUACACCUGAAGAGCUCGAACGUUGGCAGCGUGAAAAUAAUGAAAAGCUGGUGCAAUUGGCGCGUCAGUACAACAUUUCGCUGCAAGAGUUGAAGAACUGGCAAAUCGAGGAGUUGAAUCGACUCUAUGCUUACUUUAAUGACCAGAAUAACUCGAUGAUCUCAAGACCAAUCAAUUCCGGUUCACUGCGCACCAACGAGCAAGAACGUUUGGAGGAGCUGAUUCGUCAGCAUAAUGCCACAAUUGCUCAACUCCAAAAAUCCAUACGCUUAGACCAAGAAAAACUCUCCGAUUUGGGUAAACAGUAUCGUGGUAAUGUACAAGAUAUGCAAAAGUGGUUGAAGGAAGAGUUAGCGCGUCUUAAUGGCGUUAUCAGCGAGCAUCGCAGUGAGGUGACACGUGUCACUGAAUGGCAACGUUCGGAGCGUGAGCGUUUAGAAAAUGUCGUUAAACAGCAUCGCGGUUCCGUGGAAGAGUUGGAAGCCCAAAUGGCACGCGAUCGUAACUACAUGAAGUCGUUGGCUGCGAAGUACCAUGUUAGCUUGGAGGAGCUGGAGAAAUGGCAAAGCGCUGAGCUGGAUCGUUUGCACAGUCAGAGCCAGACUAAACUUGAGUUGGAUAUCAAAGAGUGGCAACGACGUGAACGUGAGCAUCUCAAGUCCAUUAUUAAUAAGAACGACUUAACCAUUGAAGAAUUCCAAACGAAGAUCAUGAGUGAUCGCGCUCGUCUCGAAGAUCUGGCAAAGACUUACAAGAUUCAAGUGUCCGAGGUAGAGGAAUGGAUUCAGAAUGAAAUUAAAAACUUCCAAUCGCAAGGCCUAUUAAAGGAGGUCGAAAAAGAGUUGGCGGCUUGGCAACAGAAGGAACGUGAUCGCCUGCUUGCCAUAGUGCAGCAGAACGAAUUGACCGUUGAAGAAUUGGAGAAGAAGAUCAAAGAUGACCAAUCGUACUUAUACAGCAUGGCCAACAUGUACCAGGUCAAGGUUGAGGAAAUUGAAGAGUGGCUGAAGAAGGAACUGUUGCGUUUGCAAGGUGAAGGUCUAAUAAAAGUGGAGGACUUGAAAGACUGGCAGAAACAGGAGCGCGAGCAAAUUUUGAAGAUUGUGCAAGAGAACAAGUUGACAAUUGAAGAAUUUGAGAGAAAGUUGUUAGCAGACAGACAACGCCUACAAGAGCUCUCACAGACAUAUAAUGUGCAAACGUCUGAGAUCGAGGGCUGGAUCAGGAAGGAGGGCGAACGUUUGCAGAGUUUGGGUCUGUUGCAAAUACAGGAACAGCUAAAUAAUUGGCAGAAAAACGAGCGCGACCGUCUACUUGAAUUGGUUAAUAAGAAUAAUCUCUCCAUUGACGAAUUACAAGAAAGUAUCAAAAAAGAUCGUCAACACGUUUACAGUUUGGCUCAUCAGAAUCAAGUGCGUGUCGAAGAGGUCGAGGAAUGGAUCAAGAACGAGAUACACAGACUGCAACAAGAAGGCUUGAUUGAAAUUGAAAAACUUAAAGACUGGCAAACACAAUGGCGCGGUAAUCUCACAAACAUGGUCAAAGAGCGCGAUUUCACAGUUGAAGAGUUCCACAAGUGGUUGUUGGAAGAUCGCAAGCGUCUGCAGGAUCUUGCCAUGCAGCACAAUGUGCACAUCGAAGAGAUCGAACAAUGGGUGCGCAAUGAGGAACAACGAUUCAUCAGCAUGGGUUUGUUGAAACCGAAUGAGAAGCUGACCAACUGGCAGGAGGUGGAACGUCGUUAUUUGGAACGUAUCACACAGGAGCAAUAUCACUCCACCGAACAACUGGAAGAACGUUUGCGCCAGGAUCGAGAGCUGCUCGAGAAGUUGGCGCGUGAUUAUAGCGUACAAGUUGAGGAAAUCGAACAAUGGAUGAAGAAGGAGUUGGCGCGUUUACGUGAUGACGGUCAACUGCAAAUUGACAACCUCACAGCCUGGCAGAUAGCAGAGCGCGAGCGUCUCGAAGAGCUGAUCAAACAAAACAAGGCAUGGAGCGUUGAGGAAUUCGAGAGUGAGCUGCGUCAAGACCGCGAGCACAUGCAAAAGAUGGCCUUCCAAUACCACACCUCCGUGGAGGAGAUCGAGAAGUGGAUACAAUCGGAGGUAGAACGUUUGCGCCAACAGGGCAAACUCGAUAUCGAGAAACUUACAGAGUGGCAGCGGGCCGAACAUGAUCACAUUUUGAAUUUGCUACAACAACAGACCUCCAUUACAGUGGAAGAGUUCGAGCAGAAAGUGCAGAAGGAUAAACUCUUCUUAAUCAAUUUGGCCAAUCAAUAUCACGUCAGCGUAGUGGAGAUCGAAGCUUAUGUGAAGAAGGUGAUUGACGAUUUGCGCAACAAGGGCAAAUUCGAAGUGGAAAACCUGCAAACCUGGCAAUUGGUCGAGCGUGACUACAUCAAGCAGUUGAUUCAACAGUACCAAAAUGGCUUAUCUACCGCCGAGUAUGAACAGAAAUUGCUAACAGAUCGCGCGCAUUUGCAUCAGCUGGCUGACCAAUAUCGCGUCAACAUCGAGCAGAUCGAGAAGUGGAUGAUUGAUGAGUUGAAACGUUUGCGCAAAGACUCAGCCGAUCAUGUGCAGAAGUUGGCCGAUUGGCAGGUGGCCGAGGCGCAACGCUUGAAGGAACUUAUACGUCAAAACAACCACAUAAGUUAUGUGGAAUUCGAAAUGGAACUCAAUAAUGAGCGCCAACGUCUACAAGAACUGGCCAAGCAAUAUUCGGUAAGUGUUGAGGAGGUUGAGACAUGGUUGCGCCAACAGUUGGUAAAUUUGAAGACCACAGGCCAGGUGCAGGUGGAGAAUCUCACGCAGUGGCAAAGCGAUGAGCAGAAACGUUUGAUUGAUAUGCUGUUGCAGCAACAGAAUAGUAUCAGCUAUGACGAGUUCGACGCUCAAUUGCGUCGCGAUCAGGAACGUCUGCAAAAGUUGGCACGAGAGUACAGCGUCAGCGUGGAACAAAUCGAAAGCUGGAUGCGCGAUGAACUGCACCGCUUGAAGAACUCUGGUCUGUUGCAAGUGGAACAGUUGACACAGUGGCAGAAAACUGAACGCGAUCACCUACAAGACUGGUUGAAUCAGCAGAACAAUGCCACCACAUACGAGCAGUUCAACGAAUUCUUGCGUCGCGACAAGGAACGUUUGGAACAAAUCGCACACGAGUACCAUGUGACAGUGGAGGAAGUGGAAUCAUGGGUGCAACAGGAAGGUGCACGUCUGCAAAUUCUUGGUCUGAUUGACCGACCACAGAGUUAUACCAGGUAUGAGGGACAUGGUGAUAAUGACCAAUGGAAGAUUUACACUUUAGCACAUUUGAAAGCCGUGGCGCAAACUGUGCCGAUGAGCUGGCAAGACUUCGAAGACUACUUGGUUAAGGAACGCAUGCGUUGGGAACAAUUCGCGCGCCAAUACAAUGUAAGCGUGGAGGAGAUUGAAGAAUACCUACGCGUACAGGGACAAAAGCUCAAUCAAGAGGGUGUCAUAACUGGUUCGCAAACAAUUGAAGAGUGGGAGAUACACGAAGACCAAUACAUACAGAAUUUAAUUAACGAACGUUUACGCAAACAACAGCGUUGGUCGAUUGAGGAACUCGAAAGACAAUUGAAGCAAGAUCAGGAGCAUUUGCGUCAGUUGGCUAUACAAUACCACGUUACAGUGGAAGAAGUCGAAGCGUGGUACCAACAAGAAUUGCGCCGUCUACUAGAUCAGAAUAAAAUCAUAACCGAAAAUUUGGUCGAUUGGCAACGUCAAGAGAAGGAGCGUCUUUACGGUCUAGUCACACGUCGACCAGGACAGACUGUUACAGUGUGGGAAGAACAUAUACUGCGUGACAGGAAUACACUUAAUAACCUGGCCGAUGAGUACCAUGUGUCCAUUGAGGAGCUCGAGUUGUGGAUACAAAAUGAGUUGAGACGUCUUGGCGAACUGGGACUUGUACGUGAUCUACACCAGACUGUGGACUACAACAACUGGCAGAAGCAGGAGCGUGAACGUUUGCGCGCUAUUGCUAAGGACAUUAGCAUUACACAAAUCGAAUUCCUCGAGUAUAUUGCCGCCGACACUGACUACCAAAACCGUUUAGCUCAACUCUACGGCACCACACUCGAACAAUUGGCGCCUUUCCAGAGAAUCGAAAUCGAUCAUAUGCAGCGUGAAGGUCUCUUGGACAACAUAAAACUUUUGACACUUGAGAAGUGGCAGAAACGUGAACGCGAUCGUCUUUACAAUUUGAUCAGAAAUCAAAACUUUAGCUUGAAGAAGCUGCGCAACUGGCAGCGUCAAGAUAUUGCGCACAACGAAUUGGCAGCUAACUAUGGCAUCACAACACAGGCAUUGAAAGACUGGCAAAUUAAGGAGUUCGAGCGUUUCUUAAGAUUGGCCGAACACUAUGGUUGGGAGUUGAAUCAACUGCAGAAUUUCCGCGAAAAGGAAUUGCGUUACAUUGAUUUUAUAAUGCACAAGAAGACCACCAAUGAGGUGGAACGUUUGAAAUGGGGUACGGAAGAAGCGAAACGUACGGCGGACUUGGAACGCAAAUCCGGAAUAACAGGAGAAGAACUAAUCCAAUGGCGUCGCAUUCUUUACCUAUUAUCUCAAGGUUUGUUACCCAUGGACGGCAGCACUGGUUUUGGUGGCCACGAAAUUGGUGCCGGCUCGACCAAUCGCACCGCUUGGCCACAUCAAGUGAUCUCCAAGGAUCGUGGCGAUCAGCCACCGCAUGUAUACGAUGAGAAUGUUGAUGUCGAAGAACCUGGCUUGGCGGGUCAAGAUAAUAAUUUGUAUCCCCCACCAUCCGCCGCUAUGAAAGUGGAACCGACCACACAAUACCCAGCCUACGGCAGACCCGCGGCACCAGCACCAAGCGGUGGCGCAGGCGGUCGCACAAGUGGUUACCGUUACAGCAAACAGGAAUACAAAUUUACCGUGCCGGCGGGUGAAUUGGAAAUAAACAGUGCAGGCGGUGCAAGCGCGCAAGACGGCAGCGCACGCACACGUUACGGACGUGAGCGUGAGUUGGAUACGCAGCAGCAACAACAACAAGAAGUGGAUGACUUCGGACAACAACAACAAGUGGAGCUUGGCUGGAAUGGCAAGUUGGAGGAUGGCGGUCAACAACAGCAAGUUGAUUUAGGCUGGAACGGACAGCAACAAGUGCAAGGCAGCUACGCACGUGGCGGUGCUACAGGCCACUCGUCGUCGUCAUCGUCUUCCUCCGCUGCAUCAUCGCAUAGCUACAAUUCCGGUGCGCAUGGACAUGCCAGUUAUGGCGGUUAUGGACAACGUCAGCAGCAACAGCAACUGCAACAGCAGCGUGAUGACUUCGGCCAACAACAGCAACAGCAGUUUGACGAUUUUGGACAACAACAGCAAGUAGAAUUGGGCGACUACAAACAGAACGCUUGGGAUCAGCAGCAACAGGUGCAGGUUGAAGAUUUGGAUGGUACAUUUGUUGGACCACAUCACGGAGUUAGUCAGAAGCAGGUGUCCAGCACCGAAGCGAAUGCGCAAAUCGAGGUUACUGCUGAACCGGAAAGUACCGGCUUGUGGAACUCAUUCAAGAAGAAGGCUUCAGGUCUCUUUGGUUAAUGUGCCGACUUAGCUUAGGAUCGAUUCGAAGGAAAGCGAAAAAUCGACACUCUUUUGUUCAUAAAUUUCUUCAAUUGUUAUUAAUGUAAAUCUAAUUCGUUUUUAUGCUUUAUUUCGUAUUUUUAUAAACAACGUGUCAUAUAUGAUUUCCUUUUGUUUGUAUUUUUAAUAUUAGUUACUAAGUUUUCUAAAUGUGUACUCAAUGCGCGAACGUUAAACGACUGCUUCGUUUUGUAAUUAAUUUAAAUAAAAUUAAAAUGGAAUAUAAUA